AUGAAGUACACCACCGCCGUCAUCGUCGCCCUUGCUGCGUCUUCCAACGCCGCUGUCUGCAAUUACGGAUGGGGCAAGCCGGCGGGAUCAACAUGCCCUGGAGUCUACGUUUUUGAAGCCUUGAAUUUGUCCUUUGCUCACCACAUCCACAGUGUCAAGAGGGCGAGAACAUCAAAACAUCCAGCGACUUUCCAGUUCCCCGAAUUUGUUCGUAUCCUGGCAACGGACGUCCAGUUUUACAAUCGUGCCUUGGAGGAAGAGGUUUUGUCGAAUGUGUAG